AAUUCAUUCCUUCCCUUCUUCUACUUUAAGCUUUCAGUCACCUUCCAGUUAUUUUAUUUUCUCCUAUUCUACAAGCAAUGGAAUACCAAAACCAGUCAAAAUAUGAAUGCCUUCUCUUUGAUGUUGACGAUACUAUUUAUCCGCUGAGCUCGGGUUUAUCAGCACAGUGCACCAAAAACAUCAUAGAGUAUAUGGUGAACAAGCUCGAUAUAGACGAGAGCAAAGUACUAGAAAUGAAUACUAAACUCUACAGAGAAUACGGGACAUCAAUGGCUGGUCUUCGGGCUUUAGGCUAUGAUUUCGACCAUGAUGACUACCACAGUUUUGUCCAUGGGAGAUUGCCUUAUGAAUAUUUGAAACCCGACCCGGUUUUGAGAAGUCUUUUGCAUAGCCUGCCAAUAAGGAAAGUGAUUUUUUCGAAUGCAAACGAGGCACAUGUGGCUGAAGUUCUUCAUAGACUUGGACUGGAGGACUGCUUUGAUGAUGUCAUAUGUUUCGAGUCUUUGAAUCCUACAAACCAAAUCGACAAUCCUAGUGCUCCCAAUGGUUCUGUUAUCGGAUAUGAUAACAAUGGUGAAUUACCCGAGAGUCCUAUUGUUUGUAAACCUUUUGAAAACGCGUUCCAUCAGGCUUUCAAGAUGGCAAAGAUUAACCCUCAUAAAACUUUGUUCUUUGACGACAGUAUUCGCAAUAUACAAACUUCAAAACUCACGGGCCUCACCACCGUGUUGGUUGGGUCAUCACAGCGUAAAACAGGGGUCGAUUACGCUUUAGAGAGCAUUCACAACAUAAGGGAAGCACUGCCAGAGCUAUGGGAAUCGGUCAGUAAGAAAUUAGAUGUUGGUUUUUCACAAAAGAUUGCGAUUGAGACUCCUGCGGAAGCUUAGAUCCACAACUGUGUUUUUCUUCAUGUAACUUUCGGUUUCGUAUUUUCAAUAAUCCAAGUCAGGUUGUUAUGGAAAUAGUCAGAUUGUGUAAAUUGUGUACUUAAAAGUGACAGAGAUAUUGUAAGUUGUAACUUAUGUAUUUAAUGAGAAAAAUGCUAUCAAGUUA